AUGCACCAACCUCGUGAUAGCGACGCCAUCAACGCUCUGACGUUCAACGAGAAUGUUCUCUCCAAUCCGGCAAAGUACGCCAUCAAGUGGACGUACAACCUGACAGUGUUCAACCUGACGCCGUCAGACGCCGGCCUUUACCGCUGUACUGCCGGCGGGGUUGACUAUGACGCCUUCCUCACCGUUGUCGAUCUGCCGACGAACAUUACCAUAGAAAUGGUCGGUGAGCCGGUGAACGGAGAGACACACAACCUUACGUGCCAAGUAAGCAAGAGUCUGCCGCCGCCGGAAGUAAAGUGGCUCGUUAACGGCAUCGACAUGACGAGCCGCGCUGCAGUUUCCAACACAACCGUUUCUCCGUCUGGUUACGGCGAGGUGACGAGUACUCUGUCUCUUGCACUGGACGAGUCCCUGAACGGCGGGGGAGCGGAGUGCGUGCUGUCGUAUAGGGGCUGGGAUCACGCGGUCAGGGCCACGUACACUAUACGGACAAUUUAUCCUGGCGGUUACGCGAACUCAGGGACCGGAAUAUUCAACCCCGGCACUUUCUUGUUCCCGAAUUCCGGUCGCAAUCUUACUUCCGGUUUGCCUUCAGGGGGUCUAGUCUCGAACCAGGGUGCGGCUCCAAGGGGCACGUUCCUGAUCCGGUUCAUGAAGCAGUCGGCUUCCGAGAACAUCAACUGGGAGCUGCAGCAGUACCAGCCCUAGAGGCGCCAACCUUAGUUUGGGCGGAGAAUGUGAUUAGCCUUUGCGGACUGCAUACGAUAAUCUGUGAUGACAAAUGCAGAAUUAUCGAAGAACGAUUAUCAUAUUCUUAACAAUUUCUUUCACUGAUAUGUGAAUAAUAGGAUUUCAUUUUCCACUCUAUUUUAUAUGUUUCAUACGAUUGG